GUAGAUCUUGAAGCAGCAUCAACUAGCAACAACUCGACUCACACAGGGUGUAGCACUAGCAUCUUUCGAAUUACCACUUUUUUAUGAAGUAAAUUCUUGCAUUUUAUGAUUCAAAAAUGGUCAAGUCUCUAUUUAAUAUGUGUUUGGCGGCUGCGUGCCAGCAUAACUUGUAUGGAUAUCUGGCCGAUUUACCCACGUCUUGCAAGCAACGUCUUCUCGAGUUCUUCAGCUCACAUGAUCAGUUAUUUCUGUCAGAAUGCGCUCAACUUGUAUCAUCCCCUUCAUUUGGAAGGGAUCUUACCGAAUUGCGCUUUUAUCUAAGCGAUCAAGUGACUGACGGUGUUCUGGAAGCUAUUGCAGCGCAUAAUCGUGCACUUCAACAAAUUGCAAUCAUUUUUUCAAUAACAAGUGGACAACGAAAACUCGAGAAAUUAGAAUUUAGGGCGUUGAAGAAGCUUACAUCAAGUGGUUUAUCACUGAUAAAAUCCAAUUCCUUAUACACUGUUGACCUAAGCUCUUGCACAAAGAUCGAAAGCGAUGGAAUCUACCAGCUCGUUUACUUAAAUCGUAAUAUUCAUUGUCUGUAUUUGAAUAAUUGCAGAGGUCUAAAUGAUCAAGCACUUUAUGAUAUCGCACACUAUCUCGGAGAUAAAUUGUCAGUUCUGGAGCUAGAUUUUUUACCAAAUGUUGUCGACCCAUCUUCUGCUCUAUUUUAUUUGAGUCGUAAUUGUCCAAACAUCAAACAGUUAUCGCUUUGUCGCUUUUUCGGAGUAGAGAGAGAGCGUGCGUUAAUGCCCGGAUACAGAAUUGCUGGUGUAAGACUGCGUGAUGUUGAUUUACAUGGAAAUUAUUUUUUCAUUUUACCUCUAUUACCACCAACGGUAAGUAGGAUACGGUUGUCGGUAUGCGGCGAUGAGGAUGUAAAUAGUUUAAUUGAUCGUUUGGAGACGCUACCUCAACUGACAAGUGUCCAUUUACAAAUGAACUGCAAGGAACCAAGCUGGCGAUGUGUAGAAGAUGCUAAUACAUUCUUACGUUCCACCUUACCUUAUAUUGGAGGCAAAAUAACGCGACUCCAUAUAUCGUUGCCAACGAUUAUUGAUGGCGUCUUCAGUUUGAUAACGCAGUGCCUACCAAAUUUAAGUCAUUUGGCACUUGAUGUAAAACACAUCAAUAACAAGCUACUGCGGUUGUUUUUCGCUGGUGGAGUCCAUUCGCCAGGUUCCAGAUUGCGAUCGCUGAAAUUGUGCCGCCUUCGAACAACUUACAGAUCUCUGUUCGCGAUUGCACGUGGCGCACAUUCAAUCACAGACUUGGAAGUAUCGCAUAUUCCAUGUGUCGAUGAUCGUUUCCUGGCGCUGCUAGCAGAUAACUGCAUGGAUUUGAAGAAUAUUAAUUUGAAUGGUUGUAAAUAUGUCACCGACGAAGGACUUGCUGCACUGGCGCGGAAGUGUUGCUUAAAGGAAGUGCGAAUACGUGCAACGUCAUGUACCGAUAAGUCAAUCUAUUUGCUGGCGCAGUUUUGUCCCGACCUUGAAUGGAUAUCAUAUGCUGAUUUCAGCGGACGUCCGAAGUUCAGUGACAAAGCAUUACAGUGCCUCAAAGAUUCCUGCGUGCAAAGGGUUAUUUGCUGA